CCCAAAUCAUCUUUAAAUUUUGUAAAGGCCAAUAGCGAAACCCCCGUAUAUUCCUAAAAUUCACAUUUCCCUCCUCAAACUCCGAAACCUUCGUCUUCGUCUUCGUCUUCUUCUUCUUCUUCUUUCCCACAACUACAACAACUACACAAAGCACAGAAAACCCAUUAAUUUCUCACAAGAUGCUCAAAGCCGUAGGUCUCUUUGGCCGGAAGAAAAGCGGCAGCAGCGGCGGCAACCGCCAUUUCAAAGACUUCUACGCCGACUGGUUCAACACACUCAAUACCACGCUCCUCCCUUCGCUUCAGAACUCGAUGUCCGAGUCCGACUCGUCCCUGACUCACCUCUCCACUCAGGUCGAAACCCUCCAUCGCCACUUCCAAUCCUACUACGACGCCCUCGACCUCGCCGCCGCAAACGACGUCGCUCAGCUCCUUUACCCCGACUGGCGAAACCCUCUCGAGAAGCCCUUCCUCUUCCUCGGCGACCUCCACCCCUACCUCUUCACCAACCUCCUCCGCUUUUUCCUCAAACAAAACGACUCCGAGGACGAUGAAGAGUACGACAACGACAGCCUCACCGUUCAAUUCGCCGACGCCCAAGACAGAGACAGGGACCAACUCGAAGUCCUCUUCGACCGCCCGUGGCACAUCGCGACGGCGUGGAGGAGCCCGUCGUACGAUCUGAUGGGCAAGCUCGAGCAGGUCGAGCGCGGGCUGAGGCUGAUGGUGCCGGCGCUGGUGGCGCGCGCGAGGGACGCUCAGGCCGGGUUCUUGGAGCACGUGGGGAGGAAUUGGGAUUAUGGUAGCGGUCUGCAGAAGGCCGCGGUGGCGGAAGCUAUGGCGGAGCAGAAUGAGGAGAUGGUGGGGGUUUUUGUGGAUGCGAAUCGGCUGAGAAGGAGCGUUCUUGUGGAGAUCCUUGGCGCCACCAGCGUGUUUCAGGCGGCUCUGUUUCUUGAAGGGUUGGCCCAAUUUCUUGUUGGGUUCAGAGACCCUGAGUUACUUGCUCAGUUUGAUCUCUGCAAAACGCCUCUCGGGAAGCAGAAUCGCUUGGCGAUUUGAUAUGGGUUCAUCUUUUUCAAGGUUAUGAUCAUCUUAAAUUUGUUAAUUUGGAAAUGAAGUUCACAUCAGAUUCAUUUCAUGCUUACUGUGUGCUGGUAUGAACUUAAUUUGCAACUUUUCAAGGGGGAGUAGAGAAAUUGCAGGUAAAUAUCAUCCAGUGAGUGAGUUUGUAAAGUUUGCUCUUUUGCAUUUGUUAAGGUACAAUUUUUCAUGUAAUCUGAUUUCGCAUCGAAGAUGUUAAGAUAGAAGCUUGGUGAAUCAAUGUUGUUGUUGUCUUUUGAUAUCUUUGCAACACCAGCCAGAGAUUAUUGAUCAGAAAACUUUGUGCUAAAAAAUGGAUGUUGGUUGUGAA